AUGACUGAUAACAAUCAUGCGAGCGUGGAUGUGAUGUCGCUGGACAAGAACAGCGAGGUUGAUCACUUUUUAAUUUUUCUUCAAUUUUCUUUUUGUUUUUAUUUUGACAUUAUUUUUAUAUAUGGUUGGUUCUUAUUAAAUUAUAUUUUAUUUAGCUUGCUGCCCGUCUAUGUGCCGUUCAGAACGGUGUCAAUAUGGCUUUGAAGACGGGCUACCGUGCAAAAUCCACUUCGCCUUCUUCCGCGGUAACAUUUUUUAUUCAGAAUAUUUUUUAGCACGGUAUCGUUUGAAUUUAUUUUCACCGUUCUUCCGUUGUUUUUAAGCUUUUUUUAUUUCUAAUAAGAACCAGACAAACUGUACUAUUAUGCAUUUUUUUCAUUUUUGGCUGAGGUAUCAUUUUUGCAUCAUAUGCAUCAGAUUUUUGUAAAUUUUAUUUAUAAUACAAAUAUCUUUAUUUUUUUAUAUAUUUUAAUCGAGUUUUUUUGAUUGUUAAAAAAACAUUGCCUCUCACCGCACAUUUUCAUUUUUUUAGAUGAAAUACAAGAAAAAAAGAAGGCGAUCCGCGCGAAUGUCGUUGUCGACCCCGUGACUGGAGUAGUGCAGGCGAACAACGCCAAUUCUUCUUCGCUUUACCAUUUCGCUCAUCUUCUUCCUGUCGAGAUUUUUCGUAUGAAUCAUCACGAGCAAGAGGAAGUCUUCCGUUGCCUCUACGACCACGGUGUCAAGGUAAGCUGAAAAUGAAAGAUUUUGCAUUAUCAAUAAAUCGGCUAUUUUUUCCUUGCAAGCAAAAUGUUAGGCACGAUUGAAAAUUCAAAAAAUAGGAGUUUUUAUUAAAGGUUUCUGAUGCAGUUUUUAUUGUUUUCUUCUGUGUAGAGUAGAAACAGAAGUUUGAAAAAAGUACUGAUGCAUCAUUUUCUAGGAAACUUUUGCGUUGGAAACUUUAACAACCUUUUUUAAUUUAUUUCCUUUCCCAGUAUUACAAAAGGCUUCCUGUGCUGUUAAAAUAAACAAUGCGGCACUGAAUUUUUGAAAUCUUUAAUUGUAAGUUUAUUCCAAGCUUUUACAAUGCAUUUUACAAUAACUCUAAUAAAUCUUCGUCGUUACAGGCGUACAUGCACCUGCAAAGCUACGCGUUCGCGCAGACCAAGUCUGCUAGCGUCGCCGCCGGACUUUUGCCCGGCAUCGUCGCGAACUCGACGGUGAGCAGCGCGACCUCGACGAUCGCCAAAAUCGCCUCCCACCUCGGUUUUUCCUCACCAAGCCCGACUCCCAGCGCCAACUUACCAUCAGUUGAAGUCAUCACUCAAUGCCUCGCUGUCAGUUUUUCUUUUCAUUGGGAAAGUUUUUAGGAAAAACUUCUAGUUGAGAAAAAAUUCUCUGUUUUUUUUUUCGAUCAAUCCAUUUUCAUGACCUUUUUUGGAAACAGCAGCAACUCUGACUUUUUUUUUCCGUCAAUUCUGCUCUCAUACGAAGGUUCACAUCUUCUGUUUCAGUGGUCCAACGGAAGCGAGGUCGAUGAGGAAAAUCUGGAAGGGGCGCUUGCCGAGCUCCGAGAGAACCCAAUUGUUCAGGUGAACCUGCUUUCCAACCACCAGGUUCCCGUCGAACAUGCAGCCGACGCUUUGACGGUUUUGGUGAAUGCCGCCAUGCGGUUCGUUCUGAUUCUGAGCGGAAAAUGAGAAAAUGUUGAAGUUUCAGUCGACCGCUGACUCGUUGCGUGGAGAGCGUGAUGGCGGCAUCUCAAGUCGAAGCUGGGGAUUCUGUGGACCAAGACGGCGACCGACAACUCGACUACGCCAACGCGGCUCCCAACCAAGUCGCGUUGAAACCGGCCGAAGACGAAGACGGACUCGAGGAGGAGCCCGAGAGCCAGACUGAAGACGAAGACGAGGAGUACGACGACGAAGAAGGCGUCGAAGAGGAAGAGGAGGAAGAAGAAGACGAAGCCGACGCCAUCAGCGAGAACACGAUCCGUGAAAACGGCCUUCUUGAACUCGCCUGUACCGUCGGGGUCCGUGUUUGGCUGUUUUUGUUCGUCGAAAUAUGACGCGCUCUGAGUUAAACCUGGUCUAGUUGAAGGAGGGCUGUCUGAUAGACUUUGGGGCGAUAGUCAAUCAAAUUUAUGAAAUUUUCCUUCAAGGGACUCAUGAGUAAAAAAAGACGCGAUUUUUUUCGAAUAAUACAACGAUUCCGUUUAGUUCUGUGUAUUUUCCGUUAAGUUUUAGUAUAAUUAGCGCUGUUUUAAUCCCAAGAUUAUGUUAGGUGUUCCAAUUGACUUCAAUACGUACUAGAAAAUAAUUUGAAGCAUUUAUUGUGAAAAAAAGAGCACCAGUAUGUGAUUACUUGUCUCUGUUUCGACGAACAUGUUAGAAUAAAACUUCAAAAGCUAUAGCCGCUUCACGGCUAGUUUGAGAAAGGGCGUGGCUUAUCUGUGCCCUCCACCAACCAGGCACUGCUUCUUUUCACCGUGUCAAGACACUUUUUUGGAUGGCUCAAGCCAGCCGUGAACCAGCUGUACAAGAAAUUAUAAUGACGAACUCCAAGUGUAGCUCUCAUUGUCUCUUUUCCAGUUCGAGGAAAUGGCCUCGAUGAUUGUUCGUGUCCGUGGAACGACGGAGUUCACCAAGGACUUCGAGGUUUCGCCUCUGAUGGAAUCGGCUGCGGCCGGCACGAUCGGCGUCCUCCGACGUCUCAUCAAGCUCGGCGCCGACGUCAGCUCCCUUUCUAGAACCCGCAAUACCGCCUUGAUCUACGCCGCGGCCGCUGGACAACCUGAGGUGCCGGAAAACUUGCGAAACUUGCAUUUAUUAAAGUUUUCCAGUGCGUGAAAGAGCUUCUGGACACGGGCAACUGUUCGAUUGAGCACUUCAAUCUGAACGGCCAUUGCGCGUUGAUGGAAGCCGCUAGUUCAGGUGCUUUUCAGGGAAAGGAUUGAAAUAAGCUUUUCAAUACUAACGUGAAGUUAAGAGAAAAUAGCCAUUCUCUCAAAUUGUUGUUUUUUUUUAGAAUUUUUUGCUCUCAGUCAUAGAAGUUCGUGAAGGUUAUCAGAAAUUCUACUCUUCGAAAAAAACCAAACGUCAUCUUUUGCAACUCAAAAAUAAAAAAAAGCUCUUGAUUUGAAAAAGAACAGUACGGACUUGGCUCGCUGAAACAGGCAAAAAACUUAUUUUUUGAAGCUCUUGAUUAUUUUUGAUAUUUUUUCGUUUUGAAGCUUGAGCCUUUUCAUUUGAGUUUGUUUUUUUAAAAAUUUUUUUGUUGAAAAAGUAUAUAGAUUCCAAGGAAGCAAUAAAAAUAAAUUCCAAAUCCGUUUUUCAGGACGCCUCGACAUCGUCAAGAUGCUCGUGGAAGCGGGAGCGCCGUCGAACUACAUCAAUCUCAAUUCCGAAUUCAAAGUUGAAAUCGUUUCGAAUCAAAAUUGUAAUAUUUGUCUGUCAGGAAUCCGCCUUGACUCUUGCCUCUUACAAAGGCAACAUUGACAUUGUGAGGUACUUGUUGGAAACCUAUGAGGCAUCGCAGAACGUCCAGGUAAAGGUGUGUGUGGUUCCCUUUUUUUCAUUUAUUAACAAGGUUUGGACAUGCUGGCUAAUUUUUUUAGAUUCAUAUUUUGAUUUAAAAGAUGGUGCAUAACUUUGAAAAAAAAAUACUCAAACGACUUAUGAAGUACAUGUAUCACAGCAAACAUAGCGUCUCUCAUUUCCCGAGAAAAAAAGUGGUUUUUCAAGGAAUACGACCGAGGAGAAGAAUUACACACGUCCGUGAUGGAGGCCUGCAUGGACGGCCACAUGGAAGUCGUGCAGCUGCUGCUGGACCACGGAGCCCCCGUCAACCUGAAUACGGACUCGUUCGAGAGUCCUCUCACCCUCGCCUGCUGCGGAGGCCAUCAUGAACUCGUCAGUAAACAUUAUCUAGAAAAAUGACCAAGAAAAAGUUUUUCGAAAUUUCAAAAUGUCCUAAACUCGUCAAUAGAGACCCCUCAGGAAAAAAAAUUAGAAACUUUUCAAAGCUGAAACGAAUUUAUUCCUAAGCUUCCUUUUUCUCCUAUUUUCCUCUACUUAUCCAUCAAUUCUCAGGCGAAGCUUCUCCUGGACAAUGGAGCCUACCUCGAAGCGACCAACGACGAAAACUACACACCGUUGAUGGAAGCUUCUCGAGAAGGACAUUUGGUACAGCAAUUACCCCAAGAAAAAUUAUAAAUUAUGAUAUUCCAGAACGUAGUGGAAGUACUGCUUGCUCACGGCGCCAACGUCAACGCUCAAACGGAGGAAACCGGCGAAACGGCUCUUUCUGUCGCCGCUUGUGGAGGCUUCAUGUUUGAGCCUUGUUUCCUGAGGGUGAAGAGAAAUGGAGAAAUUUCAGUGACAUCAUGAAGGCGCUGAUUGAGAAGGGAGGAGACCUGACUGCGGGAAGCAAUCCUCCGCUGGUCGAGGCCGCUCAGGAAGGACACCUCAGCACCGUCGAGUUCAUCCUCCAACAAGGGGUACCUCGAUUUCCUGCUCUUUUCCUUUUUGAACACGUUUUUUGAAGGAUAUCCCGAAAGAUCAGAUCCGACACGCGUUUGUUUUGGCCGCUGACUGUGGCCAGCGAGAAGUUUUGAGGGUGCUUUUGGACGCUGGCGCCGAUGUGGUGAGAUAUAUAGAAAUUUGAUUCUGAGGAAUAUAUGAAAAAAUAUCAUACUAUCUUUUUCGUUAUGUUAAAGUUCAGUUUUUCUUAAGGCGUAGAAAGAAUAGUAAAGGAAGUGUACUGAAAAAAAAAAAUGAAGCCUGGGAUUCUAGGCCUGCGAAGUGGAAGGAAGAACGGCGUUGAUGCGAGCUGCGAAGAACGACUACGUCGAUGUCGUCUCGGACCUCAUCACCUACGGAGCGCCUGUCAACUAUCGCUCCUCUGGUCUAGACGCGACGGCACUCUCUUUGGCCUGUGCUGAAGGAAACACCGAAGUCGUCCGCGUUCUUCUGAAGAACGGCGCCGAUCCUCACAUUGAGAACAAGGUUCAUUGAAAGUUAAAGAGUGAUAACCUGAGUUUCAAAGCAAAAGUAAAAGGAAAAAGUCUUUUUCUAAUUUUUAAAUUCUUCUAUUAACUGGUCAGUCUCUGAAAAUUGGAGUGUUUUUAUAAGUUUUGGAUCCGAAAAUGUUUUCAUAGUAAGGUUGACCUGCUCACAACUUUCGAUCUGAUAAAUAUCAUAUCUGAAUACCUAUUUCCAAUUUUGUGUUCCAGGACAAAACCACCUGUCUCUUUGAAAGUGCAAGAAAUGGCAACACCGACGUGAUGAAGAUUCUGAUCGAGUACGGAAGAGCCGGAGCUCUACCUCGCCCGGCGGCUUCUCAGCAAUCUGGCAACUCUUCUGGAGACACUACGACCCGAACCGUCAUCCCCAAGACGAGCAAGGUUCGAUCAGCUCAAUCACUGAACUUCAACCUCAGUUCGCCUUUUUCAGGGUCCUUUGAGAUCCGUCUUCAAGAAGGGAACCGUCCCGCGCAAGGCUUCGGUAACCAGCACCACUUCCAUCUUUUCUGGCUCCACUACGGUAAAUAUCUUGCUUUGGAUAUUUACUUUAAAAAAUCUUUUCCAGUUCCAAUACAGCACGACUGAACUCGAGCUUUUGGCCCAGAUGGAAAAGUUGCAACGGUGAGGAUUCAGGGUGUAUGAAAAUCAAGCUGUCUAAAGUGAGACGCCACAAGAAGAUUCUGAAAGAAUGGAACCUAUUGGAACUUCUUUUUUUUCGGCGAAACGAAUUAUUUUGUUCGCACUUCUUGUUACUAAGAUUUAUUAAAUAGAAAACUAUUCAGUGAAAAAGCCUCACACCAUUUUUUGGGUGAAGUUGUCCGUUUAUUUUUAUGGCUCAUUCUUAUUCAAAAAAAUAAAGAGACUCGAUGUCCAGAUGAUAUUUUGUUUUUGAGUAAUAUAAUCUAAUACUCCCUUUUCCAGAGACAUCGCAGCCAAUGAGCAGUCUGGUUUCCCGUUCUCGGAAGCUGUCAAAGGCAUGAACGCCGUCUACGGAGUUUUGGCCGACGGAAAGACCAACUUCCCGACGCCGCCUUCGCUCUGCGAUCUGGAGAAGGCCUACGACGGAGAAGACGUCGCCAGUGUGGCUGACUGGGCCGAGUUGGUCCGCAACGGAUGGUUCUCCAUGCAGAAACAACUGGCCAACUCCCAGAGUGAAGGUAAAUCCAUAGAAGGUGUUUCAAAAAUUGGAAAGGCGUCCUUUAUAUACAAAUCAGCUCACCGUUCUUCUUCAUUAAUCUAGACAACUUUCCAUUGCUAUCUUACAAAAUUUAUUAUUUCGUGAGCUUUCAAGAGGAAAAAUAUAUAAUUACGAUCUCAAAUCCGAUUCUUCAAUCUUCUCUUCAGAUCCGGAACACACAGCCAGCGCCUACCAAGCCAAACUCGCAGAAGAACUCCGGGUUCCUGUCUCCGCCGUGACGGCUCAGCUGCCGAUCGCCUCGGAAGACGCCCUGAAACUCUUCAACCAACACCUGACGAGCCACAUGAACGGUUCGUCUUCGUUCAUCUCUCGCCAAUCUUUACGCUUCUCAGCUGUAGAGGGGAAAGUACCCUGCGGCCACGCCGAUUCGGCCAUUCGCGCUGCCUUCACCAAAAUGACGAACGCUGUUCGUUCAGGCCGCUCCUCGGUCCGCGCCUCCUCCGUCUCCUCGAGCAACAUCUCCAACAUCGACCGCGAAUGCCUCUACGAGACCGUCAAGCGCAUCCUUCCCAGCUUCCCCAACUCCGAGCUCUACGCGCAAGCUGUGAGGAUUUUCCUGUUAUUCCUCAAGAAAAGAGGACUAGAUAUUUGAAUUUUAAUGACAGAUAUUGGCAAAUAGAAUCAUUCAAAACUGGAAGUGGCCAAAAUACAGAGAGUGCACUUGCUCAUGAAACUUAAGAUUUUUUUCAGUUUCUAAAAGUUUAAAUUAGGAACGAGGAUUUUUUUAACACAAAUAUUACCAGCGAUUUUGGUUUUUUAAAUUUGAAUUUCAAAUGUCACCAAAAUUCGUUGCAUAUCAAAAUUAUUCAUAAAGUUUUGAUAAAGCUUUUUUGUCCAUUUUUCCCUUCUAAUUUAUACCAUAAAAAUAUGAGAAAAAUGUUUCGAAAUAUUUUUCAGAACAUCCCUCCGAUCGUCGAAGCGCACUUCUCGAUGAACGCCAUCUACCCAGGCAUCGCAGCGAUGGCGCAAAAAGCCGCGGCCAAAUGCGCCAAAAACAACACUCCUCUAAACAAGGAGCUCGCGAUUCUAGCCGCCUACGCCGCCACGCAGCUUCCCGACACUCCGAACAACGGUGGAGACAUUAAGAGUAAGCCCGAGGAGGCUUUAUGACCAUCGACGUUUUUUAGUUGGAGAACGUCUUCUGGAGGACUUGCUCAACGGCACGACUCAGGCCGAGAGAAAGGACAUCAUGGAUAAGAUGAGAAAGAUGCUCACCUGCGACCUCAGCAGUUUGCCGCCUUCAACUUCCUUGACAUUCAUGUCUUUCUUUCAGAUUCGCCCGAUAAGAAGCUGCACGAAAUGUACAUGGAACUGUUCCACGAACACUCAAAGGACUGCCACGCCUACAACCUCGAUGCUGUAGUGCUUUCCGCCCCGAAUACUUUGUUUCAAUAGAAUUUUCAUCAGAUCCGUCGUCGUGUCGGCUCCGAAGUCUACGACCCCUUCAUGGUCUCGUUGCCGGACCCGAAAGCGGCUGGAUUGAUGGGCAUCAGCAAGCACGGAACGAAGAAGAUCAGCAAGACGGUCAAGCGGACCGAGCAGACCAAGAUCCUCGCUCAUGCUCCGACUGCCGUUUCAACGCUACGCCGGACUCAUUCCGAGGGAGAUGGAAGCGAUAGGUGCCUAAAGUAGUGAAAAAUGGGAUCAGAAAAAAACAGCUCAAAAAUUGGAGCUGGUAAAAAUUGGACUUGAUGAAAAUGUCAGCAGCACAAAAAAUCAGUUCGAAACAGUCUAGAAUUUCAUUUGGUCGGAUGAUUUUUCCCAGCUGAACGAUUACAACUUUUUCACUUCUGAGAAUCCACACUAAAACCUUUUUCGGAAAAUUAUUUUUUUAUUCAGUAAGUUUCCACCUAAAAAAGUUAUUGAUAAAGCUGGAAUUUUCUGAAUUCAAUAGAUUUUCUUACAGUUUCCCUGGUUCCAGAUGCAUGAAGACACGGAACGUGGCGAUCGACAAGGCGACCGAAUCCAACCAGGAGACGCCUCUUUCCAUAGCCUGUGCCAACGGACACCGUGACCCCGUCGAGAUUCUGCUCAAAGAGGGCGCCAACAUCGAACAUCGCGACAAGAAAGGCUUUACGCCCCUCAUCGUCGCCGCGACGGCCGGCCACGCCCCCGUCGUCGAGGUUCUUCUGAAGAACCACGCGGCGAUCGAGUCGCAGUCGGAUCGGACCAAAGACACGGCCUUGUCCCUUGCCUGCUCCAGCGGCAGGAAGGACGUCGUCGAACUUCUCCUCAGCUAUGGCGCUAAUAAGGUUCAGUUUAUUCAUUUUUUGAUAAACGAGUCUUUUCUAGGCCUAUAGUAAGGGAAGCCAGGAACAAAUCAUCAACAAAAAUUGAAGUUGUCUUUUCUUAAAACUUGUAUGAACUUUGAAAUUUUAAAACUUGCUGGAAGUUCUGUAACAGUAUGUUGACAAAAACUUGCAGAAAAAAAAGAAACGAAAAAUGUACAAAAUUUAAAAAUGAUUAGUUCAGGGCGUUAUCGCCACGUACUUGACCUAGUUUCUAAAGACCACCUAAAUUAUUGGCUCAUUUCUAUCUCAUGGCUGAAUGGAAUAUAAAUACGAUGGCUGCCUUCUCAAUCCUACACCCUGGCUUCCUCAACGCAAAACGAAUAUCAAAAGUUUAGGAACACCGUAAUGUGAGCGACUACACUCCGCUGUCCUUGGCCGCUUCCGGAGGUUACAUCGAGAUCGUGAACCUGUUGCUGAACAGCGGAGCCGAGAUCAACUCGAGGACUGGCAGCAAGGUUUGGCCUCUUCUUCGCUUCUCAGCAACUUACCGUUCAUUUCCAGCUCGGCAUCUCGCCACUGAUGCUGGCUGCGAUGAAUGGCCACAAAGAAGCGACGCGAGUUCUUCUCGAACGAGGCAGUGACAUCAACGCUCAGAUCGAGACCAACCGCAACACGGCGCUCACUUUGGCCUGCUUCCAAGGACGGACUGAGGUCGUGCGCCUUCUCCUCAGCUACAACGCCAACGUCGAGCACCGAGCCAAGGUUUAGGAGUGUGAAAUGUCUGAGAGUUUAUGAUGGGGCUUGAAAAUCGAAAAAGAUUAUGAAUAGUCUCAAUUUCCGCUCAGGGAUCACAACAUUUGAAAGUUCUAAUACAUAAACUUUUUAAGUGAAAUCAUAGAUAAUUUCAUUGGAAGGUCCUCUCAGUUGUAGUUCUUGGUUCUACCAAUCAUAAGUCUAAUCAAAAUUUGAUUCCAGACUGGUUUGACGCCCUUGAUGGAAGCGGCGAACGGUGGAUACACGGAAGUCGGAGAUCUUUUGCUCGAAGCCGGAGCCGAUCCAAACACCGCGCCUGUGCCUUCUUCCAGAGACACGGCUCUCACCAUCGCUGCGGACAAGGUCUGAUUAUUCUCUGCCCUUUUCCUGUCAAUCACGUUUCUUCAAGGGUCACGAAAAGUUUGUCGAGCUUUUGGUCCAUCGCGGCGCCGCCAUCGAUGCCCGCAACAAGAAGGUUUGUGUUCUGAAAAAAAGGAGAAGAUAAUUCGAUUGAUGCUCUUAUAGUUGAUUUAAGUGUGCUCCACGGAUAAUUUGGAGAGUUAGAUUUAAAAUAGUCUUGAAAAUGGUUAUAAAAAGUUGGUAAACUCGGAAGACUCGAUCAAGGGUUCUUCAUUAUCUGACUUUUUAACACUUUUCGAAGUUGUAUACAUGACUCCUUGAUCAAAAUAUUUUCUCCAGGGAUGUACGGCCCUCUGGUUGGCUUGCCACAGCGGACACCUGGAAACAGUAGCCACCUUGGUCAAGCACAGAGGAGAUCCUGAUGCUCUCGACAACCGGAAAAUCUCACCCCUGAUGGCCGCUUUCAAGAAAGGACAUGUCAAGGUUUCCCUGCUUCUCUUCGAAUUUCAAACAAGAUUAUUCUCUUUCAAGGUCGUCAAGUUCAUGGUAGAGCAUGCUAAGCAAUUCCCUUCUGAUCAAGAGCUUACUCGCGGAAUCGCCAGCUCUGAAACCGAGGUAAUUUCGUGUGGAAAGCUUGAAAUCCUUGAGUUCGUAGAGUUUGUAGAGUCUCCAGAAUAUUUUUUGUCUAUUUUUCUGUAUUUCAUGGAAAAGCUCUAAUUUUUUCUUUUUCUGCAUCUUUCAUAAAGUUCGACUUCAAAGACCCUAUUUUUUAGACCCUAUGGAACUCAAUCUUCUAAAUUCGAACUGCAGCCCUUAACUUUUUCUUGUCUUUCUUCUUUCACUCAACAAAAACCUUGAAUAAUUUUUUAAAGGACGUCAAAACCAAGUGCAACGAGUGCAUGACCAUCAUCAGAGAUGCGAAGAACGCCCAGGCCGAGGAGGCCAACAAGGCGGCCGCUCUCCUUCUUGCUCAGCUCGAGGAAGAGGUCUUGAUUAAAAAUCAAUCAACCUUCAAACCCUUUUACUGUUUCAGGAAGAAGCCGCUCGGUCGAAGAAGCAGGCAAAACAGCAAAAGAAGGAGAAGAAGAAGGCUAAGAAGGGCAAGGCCGCAACUUCGUCGGUACCCGAAGACAGUGUUGAUGAAGUUAAGGUUGAAGAGAAGGUUUCGUAGAAGAAAAGCUUCGAAAACUAAAAAUCUGUUCUUUAGAAGGAAGAAGAAGUGCCGCCAACGAUCGAGGAAAAAGUGGUUGAUGAAAACGUUGAACCUGUGGCUGAAGAAGUUGAAGAGGAGAAGGUAGAAUAGUUGAAUUCAGUUAAAUUUUAGAGGAAAAAAAGUUUUGGGAAAGUUUCGAAUUUGAAAAAUCAGACGAUGAUGUCUUUUUCAUUUGAAGCAAGAGGAAAAAAGUCGUUUUUUUUAGGUUGAGGAACCCUCGCGACCCGAAACUCCGCCGUUGAUUGAAAAGAAAGAAGUCGAAGCGGAAAAGAACUUGGUCCGCAAGGAGAGAAAGUCCCGACGGGAAGCUACCAAAGGUCUGACGUCACUCGGAAAUUUGACCAAAUUAACUGUAUUUUUGAAGGUCUGAACGGAGUGCAGCUCCAGCCGACGGUCGUCCAACAAACUCGCGCCGUUUCUUCUCCGAUCGCCAUUCCGCCGACGUCUCCGCAACCGAAGCCGGCGACGCCUUCUGACGAAUGGGUCAAGGCGUCUGGAAAGAAGGGCAAGGUCACCGCCAAGAAGCAGCUCGCGAAAGAGCCCAUCACCACGUCGGAUGAGAUCAAGGGCUGGCAGGAUAUCGAACUUGUACGUCUUGGAUUAGCUUACCAUUGGAGAGUUGCUUUUGAGGCGAGGAAGAAACAGGCGACUUUGGUCGUCGGCAGCGCGACAAUCGCUCGCGUCAUCGGCCGUGGCGGCAGCAACAUCAACGCCAUCCGAGAAGCGACUGGAGCUUCUAUCGAGGUAUAUAUAGGAAAGUGGUCGAAGAUUGUAGAAGUAGAAGAUUGGGAAGCUUUGAAAGUGAAAUUCAAAACGUUUUUCUUGAAAGGAUAUUGCUUUCUUGAAAGUUGUUACAUGUUGCAAGUUUUAUUUUAUCUCUGUGCAGGUCGAGAAACAAGGCACUAAGAAAGACCCGCAAGCGGAACGUCAAAUUUGCAUCCGCGGGUCCCCGGAUGCCGUGAGGUGCGUUCCACUGGCCAAUUUCUUGCAUCGAUGUAUCAUUUUCAGGAAUGCGACCCAAAUGAUCAAUCGGCUGAUUACGGAUGGAGAAGUUCUGGUCGAGGAUGUGAUUAUUCAAGUUGGACAGAAAAUGUUGCUAAUAAAACUCAAGAAUUCAGGUGACACGAGCCAACAGCUCAGUCGCGUCGUCGGUCUCCUCGGAGAGCAGCUGCAGAAUCGGCCGCGACCUGGACCCCUUGCCGCCAUCGUUCCCGAUCAUCACCAGCAAGCCGACGCCCGUCGCCCCGACGCCUUCCGCCACGCCCUCCACCACCAACGUCUGGCAACAACGGAUGGCCGCACGCCAACAGCAACUCGCUGCGAACACCGAUGGUGAGGAAGUAGAACGAGUUUAUGGAAGAUAUGCUUGAAACUUCUGAAGGAUUGGUUUAGAAAACUGAACUCAAAGGGCUCAGCUUUGUGAACAUUUUUCCCAGAUUCUUUGUGAGCCAGAUAUAUGACAAUUAAUGUAAAAAAAAAAUUUCAAAUUUUCAAAAUAUCUGCUUCUGAAACCUUAUGACGGUCAAAGAAGAUGUUUGGUCAUAGAAAGUUUUGAAAUUUGACCAAAAGUUUUUUUUUUUUGAUGCACUUGAUGAAAGUCCUGAACGUCAUAGCCUACACAAAUUCUUAUCAAUUUUUGAAAUAACAAUAUAUUUGUGACGGUUUUUCGAAGUGCUUUCGAGAAAAAUUAUUUUUCUUCUGAAAAUCCAUCCGUAGUUAAAAAGCAGACUUUUCAUUGUCUUUUCAAAACGGAUCAAAACCAACGAUGAAAUUGCAGAAAACUCGGCGACAAGUCAAGGCGAUCUCACGGAACCAACGCAUCUGCCUUCUGCGAAUAUGGCCCAUCUGAUGGAAAAGCUGCCGUUCGCCCAAGAGACGACGUCGGCCUAUCCAGAGCCGUUCCAGCCUCUGUCGCAGAGGACGUCGGCGCCACUGGAGAAGGCGGUCCGAGCCCAAUCCCAGCCCAUUUCUGCGCCUUCUCAGCCGCCGGCCAUGAACUUGACCUCCGAGUUCUCCCUGCUCGGACUCGGAAAGCCCUCGCUUCCGGAUCCGGUCGUCCCAGAACGACUUCCCAAUCCGAUUGGUCCUCCUCCAUCGGCAGCUCGUCAGAGUGAGCCGCGCAAAGUGGACGUCGAGCCGCCAGCAAGCCACAGUAUCUUCAGCAAAGCGCCUGGAUCUCGGCCUUUUGGUAAGACUGUUUGUAGUUGCCCGGGAGGGGCAAAAGGUGGUGUUAUCAAAGUUUGAGGAAACUUUUCACUUAAGUGAUUUUGGAUAUACCGUUUUAUUUUAUUGAAAAAGAUGUCUUUCGAGUUCUAGUCAAGUUAUGGCUUCUCCAAAUUGGAACUGAUACUAUCGAAGAGUAAUUUUGGCAAACGUCGCACUUUUCUUUGAUUAGUUCUGACUAAGCGAGUCCGGAAUCGCUUCUGUACAGUGUUUCAGCAAUUUCUGAUUUCUGACCUGUUGUAAUUCCCGUAUCCUGAAGGCUAAAUUAUUAUCAGUGUCAUUAGACGAAGUCUGUGUGCUUUUAGUAUAGUUACUGCAAAGCUCCGCCCACUUUUAAAUUGGGGUAGGAUUUUCAGAAAAAAAAAAACCAAAGUUUUUCCUAACUUCAAACUUUUCUGAAAGCAUAGAUAAUAAGUUUUAAUGCGAACAACUUGUCGAAAUAGUUUUUACAGGUCUCUUCGAGGAUAAAUCAACCCUUGUUCAAAAAGAGCCGGUCGUUUCAAGCAGCUUCAGAACCCUUUUGCCCAACAUUUCUACGGAUACAGGUUUUGAAAAAAUCAUAUCAAAUUUUAUUAACAUUAUGUCUUUAGGCCUGAACUUCUCGUCUAUUCACUCGGACAGAAAUUUGACUGGCUCUGAUCGACCUGACUUCGGAAACCUUGAAGAAUCGAUUUUCGAAGCGACUACUCAUGCCAAGCUUGCUGAGGUUUGUUGGAAGAAUCACACCAAAAAUAUGUUCGAUUUUCCAGAUUUGGGGAAAUACUGAUGAGAAGACUGGCGAGUCUACCUGGGGAAAUCCUAUUUUCUCUUCUCUUGCGCCGUCUACUCUCGGGUCUACUGAUGGUUCAAACUCAAAGGUAUGAACUUUUGAGAAAUUUCAGUUGAUUCAUAUCCUGGUUCAAAAAAAAACGUUCGCCAACGAUAAUUUGAGUUUACGAGCGCUGAAGUUUAGAAUUUUUCCCGGAUUUAUUUAGUUUGGUAUUUUCAAAGGGCAGUCUUUCUUUUACGUGGUUGAAAGUAUUAUUGAAAAAAAAACCCCCCUUUCAAGGCUUCCGAUUGGACUUCAAACGACCUGCUGUCCUACAUGAGAACUUCGUCGCCUCCAUUGUCAUCUACAUCGAACGCGGCUCCAGGAUCUGCAUGGGCCACGCCGGCAAGUCCGCAGCACAAAAAUUCUUCUUCUAUCUUCUCUCGAAUCUCGGUUUUUUCCACUCCUAAUGGCCCUAACUUGGUUACUUUAUCCAGACUCCUUCCUAUGCUCCAAGCAGCUCUCAGCGUCAACAUGCGCCCACGAACUCGGCGCCGGCUCCAGCUUCGUCGUCCUUCUCGCAGAAUAACACGCUCUUCAAUCAGGUAUCUCGUGUCUUUUGGACGUCUUCUAGCCUGUCUUUGUCUUCAGCUGGCUGCGCAACUCGCCACUUACCAAGGAACCAAUCCUUCGCCCUCGACGGCACCUCAGCCCAACAACCACUCCAUGUUCUUCCAACCGUCCGCCUUCUCCGACGCCUCUUCUCUUGGAAUUUCCAACCCUCAGUCCGCCCAGCUGCAGCAACAACAACAACAGCAGCAGCGACAGCACGCCUUGAAGAACUUCAUGACUUCUUAUCAAGUGAUUUUUUCAACUUUUAGUUUUCCAAAUGCUAGAAAAAUAAGAAUGGGAUCUUCCGGAUCAUUGAUAUCAAAGUACCAAAAUCGACUCUCAGGCGGCCUCGAACGAGUUCGAUUCUCUCACCAAUAUCCUCAACUCGUCUCCUUAUGGAAAUCCGUCUCAGCAAAUGCAUGGAGGCGGCUCAAACACGAACGACUCUUUCAUGGUAGCAAAAAGCAGAGUUUUUUGAUCAAUUAUAAGUGUUGUUUCUUGCAGAAACCGUCUUCGAUCACGAACCAGCAAGGCAGACCUCUGGUCGGUCGCGGCAACGUCAUUUCGGGCGGCGGAGUCCAACAGCAGCAGUACGUCUCCGGACCGCCUCCCGGGUUCGCCGGAAUCGCGCCUUCCCAUCCACCUUCGGGUUCUGCUCAUCGACCCUCCGCGCCUUUCUUCCAUCAGUCACAGGCCGCCUCGAAUCCGUCGCCUGCGAAUCCCGGCGUCCCUCCCUUCAACUCUUUCACCGCGUCAGUCAUUAGGAAUAGUUGAAAAUAUAGUUAAAUAAUCGCGUCAAUCAAUUUGAGAACGGCACGUCGAAAAUGAAAAUUCAAAUUCAUUUGUAAAGUUAAAAGUAGAGAAAGUUGAACUUCUAACUUUCAGUUCUAAGGAAAAUUAAGCGCCGAGUUGUUAGACAUUUGCAAGGAACAUUGUGAAGACUAUUUAUCCCAAAUUUUUCGAAAUUAAUAAAACAAGCUUAUUCAAUGAUUUUAGGCAAAACCAGACCUGGGGGACUGGAAACACCAACUCCGUGCCGAACGCCGUCAAGCAGAAUCCUUCGCAGCACAUCUCCUGGGGUGGCGCCGCCUGGAACUGA